AUGCCUCGAAUUCGCCCAAAGCGCGUCGGCAGUUUGUCUGGGGUUGAUGUGUCGCCUCGAAAGUUACGAAGGAGCAAAGAGAUAGAGAAUCUGACUGGGGUUGAAGAAAGCGCUGCACCAUUUACGAAAGAUGAACGAAAAUUUUCCUUGCAAGAGAUGAGUAAUGCCCUUCCUAGUACCGAUUUUUCUGAGAAGGAGAACCAUUCAGAAGCAGCAGGUUCGAAGUUCAUGGAUGAAACAGCAGCCAUCACAUUGUCCGGAGUUGAAAACUACUUCCUACAAGGUAAAAUAGCGCAGAUGAAUCGAGGUCGUACGAAGCGGACAAAAGCAAAGCCGAUUGCCCACUUGGCAGAUACCAAUCUGUGCGAAGAAGCGGGCGAUAGCGGCAAUGAGGAAGUCGAGAAUGAGACAAGAUUUCGUCAUUGUGACCUUGGACUUCUACGAGAUUAUCUUAGUAAUGAAGAUGCCAACUCUAAAAGCAAAGAAUCUUUCAAGAAGAUUACAAAAGAUUUCAAAUGGUGGACAUUUUGCUUAGCUGGCGGAUUCAAUAUGCUGUUAUACGGUGUCGGCUCGAAGAGGACUUUACUUGAAGAGUUCCGUAAAACACAUUUAAGCACAUUCAAUACUCUCAGUAUUGACGGAUUUCAAGAGGAUGUCACUACAAAAACAAUCCUGACUAAUAUUGUUGAUUCUAUGAAGCUGAAAGGCUGUGAGCCAAAACGACGUUCACUUAUCGAAUGGGCAAAGCAUAUCGCAGCUACCCUAGAACGCAGCCAUCAACAGCUGAUCAUCUUGUUGAACAAUAUAGAUGGCCCUAAUCUGAGGUACAUUAUCGUGUCCAUUCGUAUCCAUUGA